AUGUCUAAAUUCAUACAAAUACUACAUUUCGCUAUAUUAGUAAUACUGGUGCGUGACGUGCACUCCCAAUGCGGUUACAGCCGGUGCCGUACUUACGACCAAAAUAAGCUGAACAUACAUCUCAUACCCCAUAGCCAUGACGACGUGGGCUGGCAUUUCUCGCCGGACGGCUACUACGACCAGUCUGUCCACAAAAUCAUCACUAAUGUCGUGAGGGAACUACAGGUGAGCGCCGACCGGCGGUUCACUCAAGUGGAGGUGUAUUUCUUUCACCGGUGGUGGACUAUGCAGACUAAUGAGACCCGGGAUGUGGUCAGGAAACUAGUCAAUGAUGGACAGUUGGCUUUUAUUAAUGGUGGUUGGACGGUCAAUGAUGAGGGUACCGCUCAUUAUAAUGAUAUUAUCGAUCAAAUGACCUUGGGCUUAAAAUUUUUAAAAUCCGAAUUUGGCAAAUGUGGUAUGCCCAAGGUAUCAUGGCAAAUCGAUCCAUUUGGUGUGUCCCGUGAGAUGGCCUCACUGUACGCGCAAAUGGGGUUCGACGGUCACGUACUCAACCGCGGGAUACACCCACAGGGCGACUACAUAUGGCGGGCGUCCGACGAUCUAAACACUAAAAUAUUCUCCACUGUAUUGCAUAAACACUAUUCGGCGCCAAAUGGGUUCAAAUUUGAGCUAGCUGAAAACCAAAUUAACGAAAGCAACGUGGUGGCCAAAGUGACCGAGUUCGUACGCGUGUCGCGCGAGUGGAACACAAAUUACGGCUCCAAAAAUCACGUGCUAAUGACAAUGGGCGAUGACUUUCAGUACGUAGAAGCAGCUAGGUGGUUUACGAAUAUGGAUAUACUGAUCAAGGAGAUUGGCAAGAAUUAUUCGGAUACUAUUAAUAUAUUUUAUUCGUCGCCCGAUUGUUAUGUGCUGGCUAUGAAUGAGGCUAAUCGAACGUAUGGGGAAAGGGGUGCUGUGGACUAUUUUAAUUAUUGGGUCGGCUACUAUAGUAAUAGGCCGGCUCUCAAAUAUAAUGAUCGCAUUAAUAACAAUUUGCUCCAGGCGAGUAAACAGCUGGAGGUGUUGGCCCAGUUGGACCCCAUCAAGACCCGAGUGGUGUUGGACGAGGCCCGUAAUGAACAGGCAGUGAUGACACAUCACGACGCCAUCACCGGUACGUCGCCCCAGAAUACGUCCGACGAGUACUCGAGUCGACUGUUCAACGGCUUUACCGCCAGCGCUCGGGUUGUACGGAAAGCCUACAGUUAUCUGAAGUCUAAAGACUCACAAAAAUCGGUCGAUUUGUCGGACGUUUUCUGCGAUUCACUGAAUAUAACGGAUUGCAGUCUAACGGAGACUAACGACAGGAUUGCCGUCACUGUCUAUAACCCGAUCGCCCGACCCGUCGAACAUUAUGUUAGGGUACCGGUGGUGGAGGGCGUGUAUAAUGUUUUUGAUGUCAACGGACAAGCGGUUAAAGUUAAGGCAUUGCUUCCGGUGUCCGAUGCUGUGAAACAACUGCCCGAAAGGAAAGGUAGUCCCGGAACGCAUGAGUUGGUGUUUAAUGCAGAGCUACCGGCGCUCGGGUACACCACAUAUUUUGUGGAAAAGGAGAAUAAAAGUGUUAAGGCUCAAAUAUCGGUAGCAAAAGUCACAAAAUUAAACAAAGCAAAGGGAACACCCAUUGAGAUGAAAGGCAAAUCAUUUACACUGCAAGUGGACGAGACUACCGGUGCCAUACAAUCCAUAACCGUAAACGGAAAGACACAUUCACUGAAACAGUCGUUCCUAUGGUAUCAGUCUAUCGGCCGUAACGGCACACCCGGUAUCGAGGACUCCGGUAGCUAUAACUUCUGCCCCAACGGUACGGCCCAUAGUUUCGGCGCCCAAACCCUACUGUCCCAACACCGGGACGGAGGGGUACACCAGCUUAACCAACGGCACUCGGAGUACGUUCGCCAAACGGUACGUACGUAUGAGGAUCGGGACUACAUCGAGUUGGACUGGACGGUGGGUCCCAUUCCCGUGGACGACCACUUCGGCAAAGAGAUUAUCACGAGGUUUGAGACGGACUUCCGUACGGAACGGGUGUUUUAUACGGACGAGAACGGGAGGCAAACCAUUCGGCGCCAGUUUAACGAGUCGUCCACUCUUUGCAAUAAUAAUACAAUUUCCGGCAAUUAUUACCCCAUUUUCAGCCGGGCGUUCAUUCGCGACGAUAAACAGGAUUUACAGCUAACUGUCCUCAACGACCGAACUCAGGGAGGGUCGUCCCUCACUGAUGGAGUACUGGAGCUCAUGGUUCACCGGCGCCUACUAUAUAAGGGAAUGGGAGGCACACUAAUCAUCAAUGAGCCGGGUGUUGAUGGCCGUGGACUCGAAGUGCGAGGCAAGCACUACAUAUUUCUGUCACCGGUAGCCAAAUCGGCGCAACUCGUACGGAACCUAUCGGAGCAGCUGUUUAUGGCACCGGUAGUCACGUUCGAUAAAUAUACGACUCGUGAGGAAUAUUCCCGGAAAUACACGACUAGUGUCUCAGGUGUCGGGGAAUCACUGCCAGAAUCAGUGCAUUUGUUAACACUGGAGAAGUGGGCGGACAGGGAGGUGUUGGUCCGCUUUGAGCACAUGUAUGAGUCGUCCGAUAAUACCUCGUUGUCUGCGGAAGUGUCGUUUGAUUUGCAAAAAGUGUUGAAAACAUUAAAAAUUGUGAAUUCAGUUGAAAUGAAUUUAGCGGCCAAUGAGUGGUUGAAUGAAACGAAACGUUUGGUUUGGAAAUCAAAUGCCGAUACAAAUGGUGAGGAUAUGAGUGGUGGUGUCGGUGCGGGAACUGGCGGUGACCUAACUGUGCAAUUAAAGCCGCAACAGAUCCGGACGUUUAUACUGACCGUCGAUAAUGAGUACCACAAAGAGGUUUAUCAAACCAAGUGA